AUGAGGAGAUUUUUGGUUGAUAGAGCAAGUAUUGAGAAUGUGAACAUUGUGCAACCGGAAGACGAAUUAGAAGCACCGCCUAAUGUAAUUAAUAAGUUUAACCCAAAUGAAAUUGUGUGUGAUCUAGGUUGUAGGAAACAAAUUAAUGAGUAUGCUCCGGAUAUUCAAGACCAAGUGAGGAGGGCAUAUAUAUUGAAUGGUCCAAUGCAACCAGAUUUGUCAAGCCUUCCUCGUACUCAAUUUGGAAGUGUUAAAAGAAUCAAGGAUGCAGCUUAUUGUUUUUAUUGCUUUCUCUUCACUACAACACGGAAGAAACCCGGAAGGGCCGAACACUUUGGUUUUGAAGUCUUCACUAAAAGCGGAUAUAAAGAUUGGAAGCAUGCAUCUCAAGGCUUGAAAGAUCAUGUUGGUAGUCAUAAUAGUUUGCACAACUCAUGUGUCAAGCACUAUGAUGAUUAUAAUAAUCAAAGACAAAGUGUGACAAGUAACUUUACUAAAGCAACCAAGGAAUCAGAAGAAUUGUAUAAGAUUCGUUUGACUUGUUCUGUGGAUUGUACAAGGUAUCUCAUUGCAAAAGGCAUGGCUUUCCGUGGCCAUGAUGAAUCCUCUAUUUCUCUAAAUAAGGGCAAUUUUAGAGAGAUGGUAGAUUGGGUAAAAUCUAAAAAUGAACAAGUGAGAGAUGCUUUCGACCGUGGUGAAAAAAAUUGCACAAUGACUUUCGUUGACAUUCAAAAGGAGCUUGCUAUGUGUUGUGCACAUGAAGUUACCAAGGUGAUUAUGGAAGAGCUUGGUGAUAGACAUUUCUCAGUGCUUAUUGAUGAGUCACGUGAUAUAUCCGUCAAAGAGCAAAUGGUGGUGAUGUUGAGGUUUUUGAACGACAAAGGGAAUGUUUCAUUAAAGGAUGCUCUUUAUGGUAUUCUUGAUAAGUACACAUUAUCUAUUUCAAGGAUACGCGGGCAAGGAUAUGAUGGAGCUUCGAAUAUGAGAGGUGAAUUUAAUGGUUUGAAAAGAAAGAUUCUAGAUGAAAACCCUUAUGCUUUCUAUGUCCAUUGCUAUGUUCACCGUUUACAAUUGGUUGUUGUGUCUGUUGCUAGUAGUUGCUCAGCUAUUCAUGAUUUCUUCGAGUACAUCUCUUUGAUUGUGACCACAACAAGUGCAUCUUGUAAGAGGAGGGAUGCUUUGACAGAGGCACAACAUCAAGAUAUUUUGAAUAAACUUGAGAGUGGUGAGAUAUCUAGAGGAAGGGGCUUGCACCAAUCAUCUUGUCUCACUAGACCUGGGAUUACUAGAUGGGGUUCAUAUCAUACUACAUUGCUUCGUUUGGAUCAAAUGUGGUCCUUCAUGUUAAAUGUGCUUAGUAUGGUUGAUGAAGAUGGACGUGGACCAUCUCAAGCAGCAGGUUUGAUAGAAAAAAUGGAGAGCUUUAAAUUUGCUUUUAUUUUGAAGUUAAUGUUAAAGUUGUUUGGUAUCACAAACGAGCUUUCAAAUGUCUUACAAAGAAAAGAUCUUAAUAUUAUGAUUGCCAUGGAAUUAGUUGAUAUUGUCAAAUCUCGGUUGGCUACAAUGAGAGAUAGUGGUUGGGAUAAUUUAUUUGCCAAUGUCCAAGAAUUUUGUGUUGCUAAAUGUAUUCCCGUGCCAAAUAUGGAUGACGAAAUACAGGUUCGAGGUCGUUCAAGGGUAGAAGGGAGGACUAUCACUAAUCUUCAUCAUUACCGUGCAGAGAUAUUUUAUGUUGCUAUUGUCAAAAUAUGUAUGGAGAUGGAUCAUCGCUUUAGUGAAGGAAGUAACAUUAUCCUUGAUUGCUUCUCAUGUCUUGAUCGUAAAAACUCUUUCUCCAAGUUUGAUGUUGAUAAGCUUGCUCGUCUUGCUGAUAUUUAUGAUGCAGACUUUUCUGAUGAUGAUCGUGGAACAAUAAGGGAUCAACUUGAAACUUAUGUUCUUCAAGUAAAAAGAAAUGCUUCAUUUUCCACUUGUGAAGAUGUUCAAAGUUUGGCUAUGAAGAUGGUUCAAACUGAGAAACAUUUGGCAUUUCCAUUGGUUUACAAACUUAUUGAGUUAGCUUUGAUAUUGCCGGUAUCGACAGCAUCCGUUGAAAGAGCAUUUUCAGCAAUGAAGAUUAUCAAGUCUAAAUUGCACAAUAAGAUCAACGAUGUGUGGUUCAAUGACUUGAUGAUAUGCUACACCGAGCGAGAGAUAUUCAAGUCACUUGAUGAUAUUGAUAUUAUUCGAACAUUUACCAGAAAGAAGUCUCGGAAAGAACAUUUGCCUCGUAAUUUUAUAUAA